GCUAUGGCAACCUGUAUAUCAAUAGGGUACAUGAACCUAUCGCUCAGAGAGAGCGGUUAUACAGCUUAAUACACUGAUAUGAUUUUAUUUGCGCAGACUGUAGUGUUUGCUUGAUUAUAAGUCAAAAGUAUGUCUUUGUCGGCAAAACAAGUCCGCUUUACCAGCAGUAAUCAKGACAACGUGACAAAACUGACUACAMAGAAGGAUGAAGCAGAGGAACGAAAAACCAUUGACUUGUCUUCCCUUCUUAAAGAAAACCCAAGUGAAAUGGAAGUCUUGCCUCUAAAACCGAGAAAGAAAACUGCAAARAAGAAGAAAACACAGCUGCAAAAACUCAAAAGUGAGAAAAAGAAACUGAUGAAAGAAUUAAAGAAAGUUGAGAAAGGAAUUAAAGAAGAUAGUGCGAGAAAAGGUAGCGCGGAGUAUACUCCAUAYGAGAACAGAAAACGAUUAGCCAGAUCGACKAGUGAAAUACAUUCAAAAGUCAAACAGUUGGACGAAAAACUUUCAGUAAAACAAAAACUAAAGAGGGAAAAGAUAAAGAAAAGUUACAAGACUAAAAUCAAGACAAAGACAAUACAAGCCGGUAGACAACAUGAGCGUCUUAUCAAAAUGACAAGUAAAUUACAUGAUUUAAAACUAGAUGAAGGCGACAUUCGUGAUGAGAUCAGAAAAGAGAGAGUUAUUUCAUCAUUAGCCACUACCGCUUAUCGUUGCCCUAGUAACACAUACGACAUGACUCAUCUUGACGAUGAAACCGACACCACAUGGAUGCCUGUCUCAGAUCAGCAGUCUACCUGCACUACUGAUGUUGACGAGCGCGUUCAAGAUAGCACAGAAAAAACAAACAAUGAUUCUGAAACACUGUCUAGAGUUUCUGUCGGCUCACUUGAAAUGGCGCGUUUGAAUUCCUCGAUGUCUCUGACCAGCGGUCUGAGCUUAGAAGAGAAAGAGGUAAAAGCACAAAAACUUGCAAAGAAGUACGAGUUGACACGUGAUCUCAGGAACAUUAUACACCAGCACAUGAUUUCUAGGUCGUAUAGUUUCUCCUAUACCAACAUCAUCCCACCUUAUAAACACAAGAAGUUGAAACCUGUGAAAACAAGACAGUCAUAUAACAGAAAUGUUUACGAGGAGAAGUUGAAUGUGCUGGAAUUUGCAAAGAAACAGAGAAAACUCCCUGCUAUUUGAGCGAACCAUCAAUUUGACUUGUAAGAGUAAAAAACGUUAAUUGAAAAAGAAAGGAAAUCCUUUUCACUCUUGAA